GUAUAUAAGGUAGGUCGGGGUGGACUCAGGCACAGUUCAACAUGGCUCGUCUAGCAGUAGCUGCUCUCGCCUUAGGGCUCAUCGCUUGCGCAUACGCAGCGCCAGGUUACGGAGGAGGCAGCCUCGGGGGAGGCGGUGGUGGUGGUGGCGGCGGCGGCGGUGGCUUCGGGGGUGGUGGUAGCGGCGGCUACGGUGCAAGCGGUGGCCACGGCGGCGGCGGCGGGCUAGGAGGUGGACUUGGCGGUGGUCAUGGAGGAUCUGGUGGACUCGGUGGUGGACACGGCGGAUCUGGUGGUCUCGGCGGCGGUCACGGUGGAUCUGGUGGACUCGGCGGUGGACACGGCGGAUCCGGCGGUCUCGGCGGUGGUCACGGAGGAUCAGGUGGACUCGGCGGCGGCUACGGUGGCAGCAGCGCCACUGCCAACGCCAAUGCCCAAGCUUCUGCUACAGCUGGCUCUGGCGGCUACGGCGGCGGCGGACACAAGGGCGGAUACGGACGCUAAGAACUACGCUGCAGAUGUAGAAAAAAA